GGGAAACGAGUUCUGCCAUCGGGUGAUUGUUUUUGACGCAGCAGCGCAAACAAAGUGCGCAGGUAGUGCAACGAUUAUAACGUUUGCAGACCGAUAAAAAGUGAUGUAAAUAAUACAAAACUCAAUCGUAAAUAAAGAUCUUUUACUGUAAACAAUAUACAUUGAAACUGUAACGUCGUGAGUUGACUAUCGUAACGUAUGCAUGCGAACGAAUGUGAAAAACAAUAUUGUGACAAUUGACUGAAUAAAACGCAUUAAAAUGAUUCCGUGAUUUAUCCAUCGUAUGAAAAGACUUUUGCAUUACGAGAAUAAAGUUCCGGAGUACAAUUUUAUAGAGUCUCCGCGUAUUGGAUGAGAACACAGGUACAUGUCGUCUGUAAACGCGCUAUGUAAAAUGUUUACAAGAGGGUGGCGGGCAGUAAGAAGGAGCGCGCGGCGCGGUGCGAGAGCGCGCGCGGCAGGUGACGGACGGCGCGCGCGCAUGUGGGCGGCGGGCGCGUGCUGCUCGCGCCAGGCAGGCGAGGGUGCGGCGCGCGUGAAGACGUUCCAGGCGUACCUGCCGCCCGCCCACCGCACCUACAGCUGCAUCCACUGCCGGGCGCACCUGGCGAGCCACGACGAGCUUAUAUCCAAGUCGUUCCAGGGCAGCCAGGGGCGCGCAUACCUGUUCAAUUCAGUGGUGAACGUGGGUUGCGGGCCGGCGGAGGAGCGCGUGCUGCUGACGGGCCUGCACGCGGUCGCCGACAUCUACUGCGAGUGCUGCAAGACCAUGCUCGGCUGGAAAUAUGAGCACGCGUUCGAGUCCAGUCAGAAAUACAAGGAGGGCAAGUUCAUAAUCGAACUAGCUCACAUGGUGAAAGAGAACGGUUGGGACUAGCCAUGUCUGUGACUAUAGUGCUGUGCCCGCGGACUUGUCAAUUAUCGAGAAAGUGAUCGAUGUGUGUGGACCCGCGCAGGGAGCCAUCGUGAUUGAAUCGCCGGUGUAGGCCGUUUAAGAUCGCUCGGUGAAAGUGGAGGGGGAAAAUUUGACACAGGAGAUGUAGUGGUGUAAAUUUGUGGUGGGCCAAAACCCGUUAUCAUCAAAGAAAUAAAUGUAUAGGCAUGUGACGGGCCUAUGUAAUUUGGUCGGAUUAUCAGUUAGUACUUAGUACAUGUACAAGACGUGUGUACAGAGCAAAAGCAACCCGUCUGUUCACUAAUCGACCAAUAGCGUGUGCCGUGCGCGCACGCUUCGCCUCACCAAUGAGACUUAAAAAUCGCGAAUCUUCCUUCCAUUUUUGCCGGGCGAUCUUAAAGUUGUGAGCCUGUGUUCCGCGUGAAUCGAUCGGCCUCGUCGCAUAUUAUUUUUAUCAAAUUGGAGAAUUAUUAUUGAAAUAACGCGGCCGAUGGAUUCACGUUACUUAUGAUCGGUUUGUAACGUUUUUUGGCAUGAAUUUAUCAAGUAGGUAAUUGGCGAUUUUAUUGGCUAACGUCAAAAUAUUACCAAUCAUAGCUGUGAAUAACUGCUGUCAAAAAACUUUAGAAACUGGGCAUUAGCGAUCGACGUUACAAUUAUAAGUUAGAGAUCUCAGCCGCCAUCUUAGGCGAAGGCUUAGAAUUUACGUUUUAGUUUUAUUUGACGCUCCGCAAGCGCAUCUUAAGUUGUAUUAGUUUAAUUAUGCGUCGUAUUAAGAGAACAACUAAUAUUUUCUCUUGUCCCCUUAACCUGUGAUAAGUAUGUUAGUAUAGACUUUGAAUUUCUUGAAGGUUUUUUCUCAAGAGUUGCUCAGAGGUGACAGUUGUAUGUUCCUAAUAAUUUCAAUUGUGCAAGUUAUUUUUUUUCUUUUCGAGGAAACUAGUCGAACCUUCAAUUGAAGUAAAUUCCAUUUUAUUUUUAUUUUAUUUUUUAUAUUUUAAACUAUGAUUUUUUAUGACGGCUCCGACUGUUCCUCACAUUCUUGACAAAAGUUCUUCUUGUGAUGGAAUACUUAUGAUUUUUGAUUUCAUAAAACGUGAUAGUCGAUAGUUGGAAGGAAUAGAUAGUUUUAUAGCGAAGACAGGCAGGGAGAGAAGAGUUUUAUUAUUCAUUUAUUGUUUCUUAAUGUAAUUAUAAUUAGUAGAGACAUUUAACCCCGUAUAUUUUAUCGAGAUAUGCAUAUUAUGGUACUUUAUUUACGAUGCAAUGUAUGUAAGUCAUUGCAUGAGCUUCUAUCGACUAAAAGUAUCGAUACGAGAACAACACUAGCGUGAAUAAAUUAUAGUCAUUUUCUGGUUUGUGCCGCUUUGCUCCUCGACUGGAAGUACCUUUAAUUGUCUAAUAACGGUUUUAUUGAUUUCUCUUUUUAGCUAAUAGACAGCGUUUUACUGUCUUACACGCCUAAUAGAGGAGACAUAAAAGUGUACAUUCGUUACAGUCGGGGAAGAGUUGCCUAUGUAUGAUGUAUUAUGUAUUUACCUAGUGUAUUUACAUUUUUAAUUUCAUUUUAAUCAUCACAUAAAAAGCAAAGGAACAAGUCAUGAAGAUGACUACAUAAUAAUUUGUUCACCUACCCUAAUGCCCUAGCAAGGAAACGGAAAUUUUUGGAUUUGUAACUUACUACUUAAAGGAAAAAUGCUGGUUGUUUUCUAGAUGUUAGCAGAAUUUUUUGUAGCUAAAUAUUUUAUUUUUUAUUUUGACACAAAUAAUUUUGCCAGUGGAAUGGACUUUUACGAAUCACCUCAUUUUACAACUUUCCUAUUCUAUUACAUAAUGAAACUAUAGAAUUUUUAUUGCGUAUUUUUUCCUGCAUAUUUCUUUUGAGUAGUAAAGUUUACGUCAUCAAAAUAUCUAAGCGUUUAACUGCCAUUAGAUAUAAAACAUUUGUAAUUUACACAAAUAAUAUCAAUGUAAGUUACAUCGUAAUAUAUUAUUUUUACAAUAUGGCUGUUCGUAAUAUACUGGCCGAAAGACGUACCUAUAUGCAGAGGUUUUAAUCUCAUAUAAAAAUAUUAGACGCUGGAGCGAUCGUAUAAUAUUAUUUUCAUAAAAAUACCACAAAUUGUAUAUUAUAUGUAUAUGUCUAUCCUGAACAGAUUAUGUAUAUUAAAAUAUUCUUGUAAGAUUUUAUGACCCUAAAUGUUCAAAGUACACUAACAUAGCUUGAAAUAGUCACAGAAGAAAAAUAAUAAAAAUCUAUAAAAAAAAGCAUUGUAAAGUUAUGUCUUCUAUUUUUAUAUGAGUAGGUUCAUAGUGUGGCAUAAACCCAACCAUAGAGAAUAGAAUGCGCGGGAACAAAAUUUAUCCUAAAGCUAGGUAUGUUCUGAAUUUAAAAAAUCUGAAAAUGUGACAGUUGGGCAGAAGGCGGGAAAACUGUACACAUCUAGCGCACUCAAUGAAAUAGUUAGGUUUAUGUCAAACUGGUAGAAGAGGUUUUUGAAUACUACACCAAAUCAUAAUAGAGUUUAAUAGUUGACGCAACGGGGUUAGGUGUGAGUUGCAUAGGCCCACUCCCACCAGUUUGGGUUAUUGAUAAUAAAAAUCGUUGACAAACGAUGCCUUCUUUUUAUUUUUUCUGAAUUUAGAUAAUAAACAAGUGAAUUGAAUUAUUUGACGUUUCCAAAAACAACAGUAGAAGAACUCUUAAAUAAUGACAACUCGCAGCGAGAGACUAACUGCAAUAGUCUUCGUUUUUUUUUUACAAUCUACCCACACCUAAUCUCAGGGCGCAGUAUUUUCACCCGUUACGGGCCUACUGUUGUAAUAUUGUCAUUGUUGUUCUAUGUAAGAGUUGUACACAUUUCUGUUCAAACCCUAGACGUUUUCGUUCGUAUCGAUGUUAAAAUAGAUGUAAAUAUGCGUGUCAAAUGAAAAAUCUUUACCAAGAAUAAUUCUACUUGAAAAAACGACCUUAUUAAAACUUUUUAUUGAAUCUUACAAAAUUCUAGGGUUGUGCCAGACGUACUAUCGAUAAAAAGGAAGAUGACCUGUCAAAAAACGCUUACCA